AUGCACCUUGAAUUCGGCCCGAAUGCGCCCAGGGGUCUGAAGCUGACGCUGGUUCGCUCCGGUAAUGCAACCGUCGUAGUUUUUCCCUCUGGGAAUGCCACCAUCGUCAGCUCUUACCAAGCGGGGUUCAAGAACGACGGUUCGAGGCGCGCUGCGGUGCACGUGAUCGAUCAGGUGCUCAUCCCUCCGGCCAUGAACACCAUUGCCGAUGCCCUACGAGCGAAGGUCGACGCAACCGUAUUCGUCGGGGCGCUGAGCUCGUCAAAUGCAUACACGGGUCUGCUUGCUGGAGGUACCUUCAAGGGCACCUUCCUCGUCCCGACGGACGCGGCGUUUGUAAAGUUCAUGGGAAACAGGAGUCUGACUGUGUCAGCUCUACAGGCUGCCACGAAUCUAAAGCAACUGCUUGACGCUCAUAUCAUCAAGGAUACCGUCAUCUCGCUGUCCAGUGUCACCAACACAACCCUAACUACAGCCAGCGGAGCCAAGAUUACGGUUAAGAGAGCGACUGACUCGGGGACUGUUACUUUCACCACCGCAAGCAAUGUUGGUGCAACUGGCCAAUACGAGUUCUUCGUCACUUCUGGAAACUCGUAA